UAAAUUAUAUGAAAACGGUGCAAGUACUCAGAUGACUCUUCUUAGCUGAAAAUGCAUGUUCUAAAAAUAGGUGAUCAUUGUGCGAAAUCGCUUCGGAAGGUGGAACAGCUAAUGAUGAAAUUCAUAAUAUUGUUUUAAAGAUAAUCUGGCGAAACGAAUUAUUCAUUGACAUUGUCGUUUUCUUCUGUAUUUUCCUCAUUUGUAUGAUGUUCGUCAACACAAGAAUUAAUUCCCAUAUAACAUCGUAGGGAAUACGUCUUUGACAUUGCAGAAAGAAGAAAUGACAAUAAGAUCUUGUGAAUUUUUGAGUAAUGUUAAAGCAAUUGUCGAAAACUCGCUGUAAAUGAAAUGAAAAUAAUUUUUCUGUCCUGAUAAUGAGAGUCAAGAAUCUUUUGGAUACGCGGCAUUGUGUCAAAUCUGGGAAUGCGGCCAUUUCUAAACAAUUGUUUGGGGGUGAAGGAGUGACAGGUUAUGUCAAGGACAGUGAUUUCGUGAGACAUUGCGGUAAUGAAGUAAUGAGUUUUUGCGUGCUUUAUGAGAAAUAAGUUGCAAAAUGAAAAUCUAUUACACCGGUUUAAAUAACUCUAAGAUGUUUUGCGAUGACGAGGAAAACGCGCAAACAGUAAUUGAGCAAUUUACAGAAGUGCCAUUUGCUGGAAUUGAAGAUAUAGAUAUAGGAUGGAAUUACAUGCUUCUAUGGCGAAAUAACCAGCUAUUUGUUUCCGGCGAAAUAUAUCUAGACGCAUCCGGUACCUCUAAUAAGGUUCCGGUGCUCCUGGAACUAUCGGAGGAAACUGUAUCAUUCAAACAAGCCAUAGCUGGUAAGGAAACGAUUACUGUUUUGUCCACCGCAAAUGAAAUUUACCAAUACAAGAUCUUUGAAAGAAGGUGGAAAAAAGUUAUGAAUUUUAUCCACUCUAACGAUGACGUCAACGACGACCCUCCGGAUCAUGAAUACCCCGUUAAAAUUUUUCAAGGGGGUUGCACAGUGGCAUUGACCAAUCAUGGACGAGUAUACAAUAUUCCAACACUGGUAGAAAUGCCAAAACGGGUGAAAUUCGUGGACGUUGCUUGCGGUUUCGAUCACACCAUCAUGUUGGCUGAAAACGGCGACGUUUAUUCGAUGGGCAUGGGAACACGCGGCCAGCUGGGUCAUGGUGAUUUAGAAGACUGCGACAUUCCGCAAAUAAUCGAAGCAUUAGCAGGACUGAAAGUUAUUCAGAUUGCGGCAAGUGGUUGGCACACCGCAGUUGUUACGGAUCAGGGUGAUCUCUACACAUGGGGAUGGAACAACAAUGGUCAAUUAGGGAUCAACGUCGAUGAUACAAAGGUGUUCGCGACGCCAACGGCAGUAGAUAUAACGAACAAGGAUGGCAAGACUAUCGAUGCAGGCGUAAAAAAAGUUCAAUGCGGCAAUUCGUUCACUAUUUGCAUGCUUGCCGAUAAUACGAUGUGGGGAUGCGGAUCGAAUAAAUACGGACAACUUGGCAUGCUGAAAUCAACGUUGGAGAGUUCGACGAAAUUCGUUGAGCUAAUCACUGGUUUAGAUGGAAAUACCGUCGAGGAUUUUAAGUGUCGGGAGUGGGGCAGUGUCAUAGUAACAAACUGAAAAUAUCACAUUGUAUUUGCUCGUGUUGUUAAAUAAACAAAUAUAAUAAAUAAA